GCUUUGCAUGUCUAUGGCUUUACCAUGUGCAAAUGACGUUCAAAACAAAAUUGUGUUUUUUUGUAAUUUGUAGAUCUGAGCCAGACCGAAGAAAUAAGAUUUAAAAACCAUCUGAAAACAGAUAUUUUUUUAGAGGUUAUAAUUUUAAACAAGCGGUUGUAAGCGAAGGGAAAGAAUAAUUAUAAUAUAAGAUUGUGAAAUACAAACUUACGGUGUUUUUUUACAUGUUACAACAAAUAUAAUGUAUUUAUUCAUUACCAAGAUGACUAAAAUCAAUGUCUAUAAUUAAAUAUUAAUCCUAAUCAACUUAAAAAUUCCAUUUUUGAAGAAUACAUAGCCCCAAGCACUAAAUACAAUGCAGGUGUCAGAAAUAGACAAUGUUAAAAUAUACAAUCUCAGUGCUGGAAAGGCUUUACCAGAAUGGUUAACUGAACAAAAAAAACGUGCUCUCUUGAAGAAAAAUGUAGACCUUCGAAGGAGGAUUGAGCUUAUACAGGAAUUUGAUAUGCCCGGUGUCAGCACUAAUUUACGAGUAUCUAAAGAUGGACAGUACAUCAUGGCCACUGGGAUUUAUAAACCUAGAAUAAAAUGUUAUGAUGUUAAUAAUUUGUCACUAAAAUUUGAAAGGUGUCUAGAUUCAGAGGUUGUUACAUUUGAAAUUUUAAGUGAUGAUUAUACAAAGAUAGUUUUCUUACAAUGUGAUCGCUAUGUGGAAUUCCAUGUGGGUCAUGGCCGCCACUACCGUCUAAGGGUGCCUCAUUUUGGGAGAGACAUGAAAUACCAUCGACCAUCUAGUGAUCUUAUCGUUGUUGGAGCUUCAAACGAAGUGUAUAGAUUAAAUUUGGAAUUAGGGCAAUUUCUAGCUCCAUAUGUGACUAAAGCAACUGAGAUAAACUGUUGUAGUGUGAAUGAAGAGCAUGGCCUGAUUGUGUUUGGCACAGAAAGUGGCCAUAUAGAAGCAUGGGACCCUCGCUCUAAGUCUAGACAGGGAAUACUGGAUUGUGCAUUACAUUGUUCAAAUUCUGAAUAUAAAAAUAACACUGUUCCAGCUAUAACAGCCCUUAAAUUUAAUGGAGCAUUAGAAAUGGGAGUAGGCACAUCUUCAGGCCAUGUAUUGUUAUAUGAUAUUAGAUCUAGCAAACCUCUUCUAGUUAAAGAUCACAUGAAUGAAAUCCCUAUUAAGUGUAUAGAGUUUCACAAACAAAUGAAUUAUGUUUACUCAAUGGAUGCUAGUGUUGUGAAAAUUUGGGAUAAAAAUACUGGUAAACAGUAUACGAACAUUGAAUCUUCUGUAGAUUUCAAUGAUUUAUGUGUGAUCCCCAAUACAGGGUUAACAAUGAUGGCAGUAGAAGAUCAGAAAAUGCAAAUUCACUAUGUACCAUCAUUGGGACCAGCUCCACGAUGGUGUGCAUUCCUUGACAACUUGACGGAGGAAAUGGAAAGUUCAGCAUCACAAACAGUGUAUGAUGAUUACAAGUUUGUGACUAAACAAGAACUGGAGUCUCUCGGCUUAGAUCAUUUGCUUGGAACCAACUUGCUGAGAGCCUACAUGCAUGGGUAUUUCGUGGACGUGCGAUUAUAUAAAAGGGCUAAAUCAAUCGCCGACCCGUUCGCUUUUGAAGAAUACAAGAAACGCAAAAUUAGGGAGAAAAUUGAACAAGAGAGGCCAUCUAGGAUUAAAGUCGAAGACAAUUUGCCUAAAGUCAACCGUGAUUUGGCGUCUCGCCUCUUGGAGAGUGACACGCGGAAGAAAAAGCAGUCUGCUAAUCUACUGCAAGAUGACAGAUUUAAGGCCCUGUUUGAAAAUCCUGACUUCGAAGUUGACAAGAAGGCCGACGAGUAUCGUUUGCUUAAUCCUGUUCUAUCAAGACUCGAUAGAAGCAAAGAUAAACCUAAAGUGGAAACAUAUCAUAUGGAGACCGAGGACAAUGAAGAUAAAGAUUCCGAUCGCGAGCUAUAUGAAUCUAGCAGUGACAGUUCAGACGAUGAACGUACAUGGGCAAAAGAUGUUAAGAAACAACACAAAAUAAUUCGAUACAAAAAGCAAGCUGAAGAUGGGCAAGAUGAAGUUAAUGAUGUAAAAAAUGAGAAAGUAUACGAAUUUAGUGAAGCUCCUAAAAUAACUAAUAUCAGAAGUAUCACGCAAGUGAGCAAAAAGAGUUUAGGAGACAGAUUGGCCAAAGAAGGUUCAGUUGUAGUGGCCACUACAGGAGGAAACAGAGAGAUGAAGUUUUCUAUGAGAGAUAAGAAAAAGCCUUCUGAAAUUCAGAAAAAAAUGAAAAAACACCAUGAAGAAAGAAAGCAGAUAGUUAGGAGAACUGGGUUUUUAAGUAAAAAGAAACCCCUAAAAAGGUUUUAUGAGAUGGAUAUGAGCAAUAAAGUGGCUAAUGAGCUUUUAUUUCAAUGCAUAGCUAGUGAUCUCCUGGAUAGCCAUGUACUAGGCAACGACAAGCUGGGCGUGCCAGCUAUGGAGAGAUCAAAUAGAUCUAGCCUUGACGUCAAUAGUGUUGAAAUUGGUGAAAUAACGGAAUCUCCAGACACUGAAUAUAUGAGCACAUCUGCCAUUUUACAUUAUUGCAAAUCAAAGAUUUUACUUCCGUAUUUGAAACUUCUCACUAUAAUGGGAUUAAGGCCCGUAGUAGAUGCAUCCAAUUCAUCUAAAUAUGCGAUUUGCUUUUCACAUUUUCACUCUGCACAGGUUGCAGUGUUCAUGUCACUCGGGUAUAUUCUUCAAUACAUGGCAUGUUUCAGGCGAGACAGAGGCUUUUGUUAUAAAUUAGUACCAUUAGCAUUAACCUCCUCGUUAGAAUACGAUGCUUAUAAGCAAGUAUGUUAUGGUAAUGUCGCAUUUACCUAUAUUGGGCCCAGUGUAUUGCAUUUCAGUGGGUUCUUGUACGCUUUGUAUCUCUUCAGAAUAUCCGAUAAUGAACAGCUGCAAAAUCUUAUGGAAAGGGUAUUUCUACUGUCUUCGUACGCGCCCCAAGGUACACCGACUGCUAAACCCAAACGUUUGUUGCGAAUGCUAUGGUUCUUCAUUAUUCUCAGUGUCCUGUGGAUGUGUAUAUCUUUGGUCUCCGUUAACUUAAUGAUGGCGAAAGGAACAAUUAUGUUCAGAUGGAUGGAAUCCAGUUCAGGUGGAACGUUGCUGGGCCUUAAGAUCCUUCUCAUAUUAUGCACGUUGAUACACGACAUGGUGCAGGCCACCGUCAUCACUAGCUACUGCCUCCAAGCGCAGCUCUUACAAGCCCACCUUAUGUUUUUGAAAGAGCGUCUUUUGAAUAGAACUAUAACACCAUUGAAUUGGAUGAGAGAAAUAGCUGAAUUCCGGAAGUUGCUUAAAUAUUUAAACAACGACCUGGCACCUGCCGUUUGUUUGUUUACCAUCGUCAAUAUAUCCUGGGCGGCGUCGGGAAUCAUGUGGCUCCUUAAUUUAGACAAGGUGGACACCGGCACCGAACCUAUCGCUGGCCUUAGCGUUCUCAACCAGUUGCUCUGGAUAUCAGCAGUCUUUGUUCCGUUCAUCCAGGCCGCACGUCUAUCGAGGGAGUGUCGACACACUCAGUCCGUGGGGCACGAACUUUGCGCACGGCCCUUUCUACACCAGGACACGCCACAGGAAGACAUAAGCACUGUGCUGGCCUACGCCGCGUCGCUACGACUGCGAGCGAAGCUCUUCCACUACCCGAUCGCCGGACGUUACAUCUGCCUUUUAACCACACUUACACUCAUCGUACUUUUCGCAUUAGGAAUGUGCCACUAUUUGCAAUAAUUCGAAACGAAUUUAAUAAUUUAAUUAAUUUUAUCUAUUCUAUUUUU